AUGACCGGAUUAAUUGUUCCAGAAAUAUAUACUCGCGAAAACAAUACUGACCAUAAUGGGCGAAAGGUGCCAAUUUCCCCCACGAAAAAAUUUAAUUAUGGCACAGCCGGCUUUCGAGCAAAUGCCAUCUAUCUACCUUUUGUUGUAUUUCGUGUUGGAUAUCUGGCUGGUAUUCGUGCCAGGUAUUUAGAUCAAACUGUGGGUAUAAUGAUAACGGCAUCGCAUAAUCCGAUCGAAGAUAAUGGAGUGAAGAUAAUCGAUCCGAUGGGAGGUAUGUUGGAUGCUGUAUGGGAGAACUAUGCAAAUUUGAUUGUUAAUGUCAGCGACAGUGAAUUCCUGAAAAAGUCACAAGAAUUUCGACGGCAGUUCAGUGGAAAAAUUGGCGAAAAUGCCAAUGUUUUUACAGCCAUCGAUACACGUCCAAGCUCUAAAUAUAUAGAAGAAGCCGCAUUUUGUGGAGCGCAAUGUGCCAGAGUUGGUAGUCGAAGGCUGGGUUUAUUAACAACUCCUCAGUUGCACUAUAUAGUUCGAUGUCAGAAUGAUUGCGCAUAUGGUUCUCCCACUGAGCCUGGAUAUUACGCAAAAGUGCAUAAUGCUCUCGCUGGUUUGAAUUUCGUUACACGACGUGGAAGAGCGUAUACCCCAACACUAUAUUUGGAUUGUGCAAAUGGUGUUGGUGCUCAAAAGUUUUCUUUUAUAUGCAAAAGAUGGUCGCUUCUUGAUGUCACUUUGAUAAAUGAUCAGGAAUCACAACUCAAUGAUCAGUGCGGAGCAGACUAUAUUAAAAUAGAAAAAAAAUUUCCACGCAAUUUCGACAAAAUACAAGCUUUUGAACGCUGUGCCGCUUUUGAUGGUGAUGCCGAUCGUCUUGUUUAUUUCUAUCGUGAUGCUUUGAAUGAAUUUGUUUUAAUUGAUGGUGAUAAAAUAGCAGCUCUUUUCGCGAAAUAUAUUACAGAGCAAGUUUGUGGUGCUGGACUCAGUGAUGUAUUUACAGUAUCAGUAAUACAAACAGGUUAUGCAAAUGGUAACUCCACCAAAUUCCUGAAAGACGAAAUGGGUAUACAUGUACGUUGUGUUGCACCUGGAAUUAAAAACUUACAGAAAGAAGCAAUGAAAUAUGAUAUUGCGGUGUAUUUCGAAGCGAAUGGACAUGGAACUGUAUAUUUUAGCCCUCGAUUCUAUGAUAUUAUAAGGACAAUAAUCACUCAUAAGGAUGAAAUUGACCAGACAAUUGAAAUCAAAAGGCUGCUUUGUUUCUCCAAAUUGCUGAAUACAGUUGUGGGCGAUGCGAUGACCGAUUUGCUUGCUGUUGAAAUGCUUUUGAAACAUUAUGAUUGGACGGUAGAAAACUGGAAUAGUAUAUAUAAGGAAUUACCCAAUGUGCAGAAAAAACUGAGGGUUGUGGAUCGGUCGAUACUUCAAAUGAGUGCUGAUGAAACAACGUGUGUAAAGCCACCGAAACUGCAAGGAAUGAUAGAUACUAUUGUUUCGAAAUACACUGAUGGUCGCUCAUUUGUCCGUCCAUCUGGUACGGAAGAUGUAGUACGUAUUUAUGCUGAGGCAGCAACAGAACACGAUGCGAAAGCAAUCGCUAAUAAAGUAGAGCUUGUAGUCUGUGACAUACUGUGCAUGAGUCAUAAUGCAUUUGAAGAGUAA